GUGUGCAAAGUGGUUGAAAUUGGAGCUAUCAUUGAAGUGCAAGCGGAGUGCUGCCGAGCUUAAAUAAAAACCGCAGCACUAAAGUGAGUAAACAGAAGCAAACACUCACAAGCAAAGCACCAAAGUACUAAAACGAAAGUCAAAGCUCAAACAGAGGUUGGAAAUAACGUCUACACAUCAAGCAUCCGCAAGACGAAUAAAGCGUUUUCGUUAAACCGCUGAUAUGAAUCGCCGUGUCUUUGCUCGGGCCUCCAAAAAGGCCAGGGGUGCCUCCUCUUCAGCGCCACCACCACCACCGUCACCACCAUCCUCGCCACCACCACCAGGUGACUUCCCACGGCCGGAGUGGGCUUUACGCCCUCUUCACAAGCUCACGUAGUUCAACCUGCAAUUUUUCCAGCAUGAUGAGGACAUUACUUGGGCCGUUGAGCAGCUCCGACUCCGGCAACAGUUGGGCAUUUGCGCUGUGACAGCGCCCACUUAUCCUCGUCUGGUACGAUUAUUCUACCAGAACCUGCAUGAGGCACCCACCACGGUUGGACUGCUCUCUAACAUUGAUGGUCAUGUUGUCCACUUCACCUCAGCCAUGAUUGCCACAGUGUUAGAGUUUUUCGCCAAACCAGAAUAUCAGCCUUUCCCGGAAGUUGAGGAUCAACAACCCAUACAUCUCCUCAUCCAACAAUACUUCCCGGGAGCCCACGGUGACAACAGUUUCACAUGCUUGCGGCGGAGCAAGCUAACUAGCCGCUUGUUUUUCCUUGAUUCCAUGGUCCAUAAGAAUGUCCUUCCACUUGGGCAUCGAGCUGAGCGCCGUUUGGAGUUCGUGCGGGUUUUACACGGGUAUCAGCUUGGCUAUCAGGUCCCGCUUGAGCAUUUCAUUUUGAUGCAUUUGCAGAAAUUUCUACAUGAGGCAGUUCGGCCUACUCCUAUGCAGAACCUGACUUGGCCAUUACCAUUUGCUAAUUUGUUGACACUUGUGUUUGAGCUGAACCACCUCCCCAUUGCUGAGGAUGAGGAGAUUGAUAGAGGGUAUCCAACUUUCGGCCAGCGGGAAUGGCAGCACAGCAUAUCUCGUAUCCCUCUGCCGAUUGGUGCCCGUAUUGAUGAGGCCCAGGACCCAGUACCUGACCACCCAGCUCAUCCUGUUCCCUCCGUGCCUCCCCAAGGGGACCCACUCUACAUGACUCGCGAGGAGUACUUACAGCUUCAGCACUCUGGGGAUCAGGUCCACCGUACUCUUCGUGAUCACCACCAGAGUCGCAUGGAGUUGCGCACGAAUUUUCAAGCACAUCGCGACUAUUCUCAGGCGCGCUUCAAUCAGCUACACACCGACAACCUCGCCAUCCGGCAACAGGGUCAGGAUGACGCCUUCGAGACGCACACUUUGAUGCAAGCCUUGUUUGCCCAGCAUUUCCCGCCACCACCACCACCACCACCGGCUUCUCCGUAAUACCCGCUUGUAUAUUGCUUUGUCUCUUUUAUUUUUAUUUUUCUUUUUAGUUCUUUCUUUUCUUCAAAAAAAAAAAAAACACCAACCAAGUGUGAAGUGUGUAUAUGUUAUUCUCUGUCUACCUGGAUGUGCACCUACAAUUCUAGUAAUAUUCUCUCAUUUCUCUUUCCUUUUCCAUUGAGGACAAUAUCAUAUUCACGUUGGGGGAUAAGGGUUA